AAACUUCGAUCGCUUCAUCAAGAUAAUCUGAAUCUAGUUCCCCAAGUAGGAGAACAUAGCAAAUGUGGCGGCCCUUUAUUCUCUAAGAGGUAGAAAUCCGCUCAGUAGUUAUUCUGGACCUUCCUGAUUUCACCGGCGGAUUCGCAACCAGAUAAAUUCGACAUUCUCCCUGAGUAUUAAGAUGCUCGCGAACUAUGCCUCUGAAUUCCGCCUUACGUCUGCCAAAACAGUCACUGCGGCUAACGAUAAAUGUGGCAAUGAAAAGUUCAAGUAUCUUGUUGUUCUGAUUCGUUGCUCAUAUAUGCUGAUUCUUUUGACUAUACAAUCCAGUCAAAGGAUGUAUAAUAUAUCAUAUAAAGGUCAGUGAUUGGUACUAUUCUCGAGGUGUCGGACUCCUACUCAAGCUCUACCGACAAUCUAAUGACAAUCUACGUAUGUCAUUCUAGCCUACUAGCCUACGAAUGUCCCAUGUCAUGUAUUAGUGACCGAGGGAUGGUUCUCGUCUCGUGGUUUUCGACUCAUUCUACUCUACCCCUACACACAGUUAUAUGUAGGCCAUUGCUCCGCUCUUCAGAUUAUAUGGGCAAGUGAUUGUGCAUAGUCUUAGAAAACAGCUGUUCGCAGUUUGAGUUCUCAGAAGUGUUUCUGUAACGACGCCAUCCAUGUCAAAGAUGAAGCCCGACAAACCCAAUUUGGACUAUUUGGAUCUUCAACAACAUCCUGAUGAACAGGUUGUCAUUCAAAUGAGCCUUAAGGAGCUCGAUCUUGCAAUGGAUUUUAUCCCAAAUGGAGUUGAUACAACUCCAAGCUUCGACACAGCAAAGGUCACUUUAUCGCCACCGUCUGGAAAUGAUCAUGUUGAAAGUGCUCAGUCAGAGAGGCUGAUUCGUCAUGCUGCUGGAGCCGGACAUUAUAGGGAUGUAAAGAAAUUCGUGAAAACAUUGCAUCUAGCUCCUGAAGAACAACUGUUUCUGAUGAUCGAAGAAGGUGAUUUGGAAGGCGUGAAGGGAAUCUUGCGAGCUGGUAGCGGCGUUCCACUGAGCUUCAAUGAGGAUGGAUUGAACUGCUGGCAUUUGGCUGCGCAGAGUGGGCGCCAUCUUAUCCUGGGUCUGCUCAUAGAGCAGACUCCUCCCGAAAAUCUGGCCCCUAUUCUGGAAAGGAAAUCUACCCAAUUUCCAUUCCGCACAGCUUUGCACUAUGCAGCUGCCAAUGUCAACUCAAAGGUUAUAAAUCUUCUCGUCCUCCAUCAAACCAUCGAAAUGCUGAACGCUGUAGAUGGCGACGGAAACACUGGGCUCAUGAUUGCAUGUGAUCGAAGCUCUGGGGGCGAACAAGCUGUUGAGAUACUUCUGCAGAAAGGUGCUGCGGUCAGUACGCAGAAUGGCCAAGGCUAUAACUGUCUGAUGAUUGCUGCAUCGAGAGGUAACGUUGAACUAGUACAGAGAUUGUUGAACCCUGAUGUGGGCACCAGGUACCUCUCGGAGAAACGCCUCAUAGGCAUGACUGAGCCACAACGGCAUCAGAUGUUCGUAAAUGCCAGUGCCGACGGAACGAAUGAGACCGCACUCUAUCAAGCGGCUGCGGGAGACCACUGGAAGGUGUUAAAACUCCUGAUGAGUGACCGCAACAUCAUCGUGGACGCGCGCGACUGGUUCGACCGCACGCCUCUAAUGAUCGCGGCCGUGAAGGGUAACCUGAAGGCGGUCCAAAUUCUCCUGAUGUGCCAUGCUGAUGUGAACCUUCAUGACAAGUCCAAGAGAAGCUCCCUGCACGCGGCCGCAUCCCUGGGUCGCUCGAAGGUGCUGUUCGAGCUGCUCAUGGUGGACAACCUGCAUCUGGAUGGCAAGGACAUAAAGAAGGACACGGCGUUGGACAUUGCUUGUCAAAAUGGCCAUUCAGAUGCCGUGAGACAGAUCCUAGACAGCAUAAAGCUGCGUAUCGAGCGAAAACUGCCAAAUAACGAGGAGAGCAGGGGCUCGCAGAUGACAGGGGACAAGGACAUCGAUAAGAAGAAGUUGCGAGGCGCGUGUACGCACGAAGGUGGACGGAACUGCCUGCACAUCGCAGCCUUCCACGGCCGCGCGGAGGUCAUUCAGACCCUCGUAGGUUACAGAGGCCUCUUGGACAUAGAUAGUCGAGAUGGUCAGCGUAACACAGCGUUGUUACUCGCAGCGGAGGGCGGCCACACUGCAGCCUUCAAGUUGCUGGUGCAAUCCGGAGCAGACAUGUUUCUUCGCAACGCCGAAGGCUAUACUUGCUUGCAUGUGGCCGCCAAGUCUGGUCACGACGACUUGCUCAGAGCGUUCUUGAUUGAUGAGGACGGCGCUGAGUUCCUGGAACGCGCGCUGCUGGAAGGGGAGGAACCUGACCGCCCUACAACUCCGAGGCUCGGGACGGACUGGAUGCCCAAGGACAGUUCGCUGGGCCAUACGUGGAAUGUGGUGCGUUUGCUGCUCUUGGAGGAGACCGGCGGUGAAUUAGCGUACACUCCUUUGCACUUGGCCGGAAUGGCCACAGAAGAUAGGGAGGAAGGAAGGAAACGCAAGGAAACGCCGAGACUCUUGAUGUGGAGCUAUUUGAUUCUUGCGUUGAAGGUGCGAGGAUUCUCCAGCCAAUCUUUCGAUCUGACGCGAAACGACGAGUUUCAGAGCCUCGUCCGAGAUCUACUAUCGGCGGUGAAUGCGGAUGGAGAAAGGUUGCCUCUGAACGCGGAUGGCACCGUCAUUCAUCCGUAUCGCUGGAUCGAUCGGAAUGCAGACUUGGGGUUUUCGGGGUCCCGACGGUCAGGUAUGGGCUGGUCCAGAUGCCAGUAAGCUGGCAC